AUGGGCCGCAUUCAGGAAGUGGGCUGGGCGACUGCAGGACUGGUGAUCUGGGCUGGCACCUGCUACUACAUUUAUAGAUUAACGAAGGGAAGAGUUCAGAGUGUGAGGAAACAUUCCAGAAAUGGGUCCAGAGUCAAGAUGGAGACUGUGGCUGGAGUACAGAACCAGACCUUGGCCAAGAGUGAAGCCAUGGCUGGGACAGAGAUUGAGAUUAGACCCCAGGCCAAAAUUGAAGCCCAAGCUGGAGCAGGAAGUAGGCCUGGGGCUGAAGUAGAGACCGUGGUCACUGUUAUAACCAGACCCAAAGUCAAUUGUCAGGCCAAGGCAAUGUCUGGGAUAGAGACAGAAACUGAAUCUGAGGUUGACUCAGUGGCUGGAACACUGGUCAUGACAGAGGCAGUGACUUUGACUGAGAUCAAGGUCAAAGCCAAGGAAGUGGCCAUGAAAGAGGCAGUGACCCAGACUGAUGUUGAGGCUGGGGGAGUAGGCAAGAAAGAGGCAGUGACCCAGACCAAGGCUAAGGCUUGGGCACUGGUUGCCAGGGCAGAGGCCAAGAAAGAAGCAAUGACCCAGACCAAAGCUGAAGCUCGUAUAUUGGCUGAAAAAGAGACAGAGAUUAACCGAGUAAUGGUGACACAGAGUGAGGUCUUGGCAGUGACCAGGGAAGUGGUCAAGAUUGGGACCAUGAACAAGACUGGAAUUGUAACUGAAACCAAGACAAGAGUCCUGGAAGAGACUGUGAGUGUGGCUAAGACUCAAUCUGAGGCUUGGCCUGGUGCCACAAUUGAUGCUAAGGAAAAUCCCUGUGGCAUGUCCAGGGCAGUGGUUGGAAUGGAUAUGAAGUCCUAUGCACAAUCUCAGGCUGUAGCCAAGAUCCAAGAUUAUGAUGUGUUUGGUGCUGGGGUUGAGGACAAGGGGAAUCUCAAAACCAUGUCUAAGGCAGGGUCUGGGAUAGACACAAGGGCUCCUGCUCCGCCUCAGAUUGUGGCCAAGAUCCAGGCUGAGGCCAUGCCUGGGGCAAGGAUUGAUGCUGAGGGGAAUACCAAUGCCAUAUGUAAGGCAGAAACAGACAUGAUGGCCUGUAUAAUACAACCUCAGACUGUGGUGAAGAAACAGGCAGAGGCAACAUACGGUGUCAGGAUUGAUGGCAGAGGAAAUACUAAUGCCAUGUCAGCAAUGACUGGAGCUGACAUAAGCAUUAUUCAGACUGAGGCUGUGCCUGAUGCCAAGGUUAAGGGUCGAGGCAAUCUUAAUGCUACGGCUAAAACAGGGUCCAGGGCAAACAUAAGAACCAAUUCACAGGCUGAGGCCUUGCCUGAUACCAGGGAUAAGACCAGAAGCAAUCCCAAUGUCAUGGCUAAGGCAGGGGCUGGGAUAGACAUAUUGUCCUGUACCCAGCCUCAGCCCGUGGCUAAGGAUAAUGCCAAUACCAUAUCUAAAGAAGGAGCUCAGUGUAUGGCCCAGAGCCAGGGUGAAGCCUUACCUAAUACUAGAGGUAAGGCUAGGGGCAAAGCCAAAGCCAAAUGUAAGACAGGUGUCAGCACAGACAUGAAAGCCUGUGCACAGCCUCAGGCUGGGACCAAGACGCAAGCUGAAGCCUUGUCUGAUUCUAGGAUUGAUGGUAGGGGUGAUUGUAAUGCCAUUUCUAGAGCAGGGGCUAAGGCAGACCAGAAGGCCUGUGGUCAGCCCCAGGCUGUGGCCACCUCCCAGAAUGAGGCUUUGCCCGUAACCAGGAAUAAGGUCAAGGGCAAUCCCAAUGCUGUGCCUAAGGCAGAGGCUGGAACAGCUACAACAACCUCUGCCCAGCCCCAGGUUGUGGCUAGUUCCCAGGCUGAGACCUUGCCUGGUACCAAGAAUAAGGUCAGGGGCAAUCGCAAUGCUGUGCAUAAGGCAGGGGCUGGGCCAGAUACAAUGGGCUCUGUCCAGCCUCAGACUGUAGCUACUUCCCAGGGUGAGGCCUUGCCUGGUGCCAAGAAUAAGAGUAAGGGUAAUCCCAAUGCUAUGUCUAAAGCAGAAACUGGGGUGGGUACAACAGGCUCUGCCUAUUUCCAAGCUGUAUCCAUUUCCCAGGGUACAGCUUUGACUGGUACCAAGUCUAAGGUCAAGGGCAAUUCCAAUGCCAUGUCUAAAUCAGAGGCUGGGGCAGGAACCACGGGUUCUGCUCAUCCCAAGGUUGUGGCCAAUUCCCAGGGUGAGACCUUACCUGGUGCCAAAAGUAAGAUCAGGGGCCAUUCCAAUGCUGUGUCUAAGGCAGAGGCUGGGGCAGAUACAACAGACUCUACCCAGCCCCAGACUAUGGCCACUUCCCAUGGUGAGACCUUGCUUGGUGCCAAGAAUAAGGUCAGGGGCCAUUCCAAUGUUGUGCCUAAGGAAGCGGCUGGGGCAGCUACUAUGGGAUCUGCCCAGUCUCAGGCUGUGGCUAGUUCCCAGGCUGAGACCUUGCUUGGUGCCAGGAAUAAGGUCAGGGCCAAUCCCAAUGCUGUGCCUAAGACUGAAGCUGGGGCAGGUACAAGGGGCUCUGCCCAGUCCCAGGCUUCAGUCAACUCCCAGAAUGAUACCUUGCUUGGUGCCAGGAAUAAGGUCAGGGCCAAUCCCAAUGCUGUGCCUAAAGCAGGGGCCAAGUCAGGUACAAGGGGCUCUGCUCAGCCUCAGUCUGUGGCCAGUUCCCAGAAUGAGUCCUCACUUGGGACAAGGGACAAGGCUAUGCCCAGUUCUGAGGCAGAAGCCACAGCAGCAGAUGACGUCUAUGCAAAGUCUGAAGGUGGGGCUGUGCCCACUUCUGAGAGUGAGAGUGGGACAAGUGCUCAGAUCUGUGAAAAAACUCAGUCUAACGUUCAUGACUACUACUGGAAUGGGAUUGGUGUUGAGGAUUGGAUUGCUGCUGAGCGGUGGAUCAAAUUUAGAUUUCAGGCCAUGGAUGGAGACUGGGAGAGUAGUGUGACCUGGGCUGAUGAGAAUGAAGCCAGUAUUGGGUCCUGGAGUGGGGCUAGUGAUAAGGCUGGUGUUGUUAGUUCCUGGGCUGUGGCUUGUGAUGAGACCAGCAUUAAGUCCUGGGCUGGAGCCAGGCCUGAGAAUGAGGUUGCUCUUGGGUCCUGGGUAGGAGCUGGGGACCAGGCCACUGGGGGGCUCUGGGCUGGGAGUCAGGCUAGUGAGGGGUCCUGGGCUGGGGACAAGGCCAGUGGAGGGUCCUGGGCAGAGGCUGAGAACAAGGCCAUUGCAGCAUCCUGGACUGGGGUUGAGAACCAGGCUAGUGGGGGGUCUUGGGUUGUCUCUGGGAAUCAGGCCAUUGGAGGACCCUGGACUGUGAGCCAGGUCAGUGAUGGGUCUUGGCCUGGGGUCCAGGCUAGUGGAGUGUCCUGGGUUGUGGACCAGACUACUGGAUCCUGGACUGUGGCUGAGAAUCAGGCUAGUGCAGUAUCUUGGACUGGGGCUGGAAAUAUAGUUAGUAUUGGGUAUUGGACUGGAGCUGUGGACCAGACCAGUGGAGGAUCCUGGGUAGGGACUGGUGAUCAGUCUGGCAGUGAGAACAAGCCUAGAUUUGAGGAUCAGGUGAGUCAGAAAGGGUCCUGGGCUGGGACUGGUGGCCAGGCCAGUGGAGAGUCCAGGUUGGGACCUGAGGACCAGUCUAGUGGAAGGUCUUGGGCUGAUACUGCAGACCAAACCAGUGGAGGGUCCAUGCUUGGGACUGUGGACCAGUCUAGUGAUGGAUCCUGGCCUGGCACUGGGGAACAAGCUGGUGGAGUUUCUACUCCAGGGUCUGCAGACCAGUCCAGUGGUAGGUCCUGGGCUGGAACUAGGAACCUGGCUGGGGGAGGGUCCUGGUCUGGGACUGGUGAUCAGUCUGACGGGGGAUCAAAGCCUAAUUUUGAGAAUCAAGCCACUAAUGAAGGGUCUUGGGCUGGAGCUAUUGUCCAGGCUGGUGGAGGGUCCAAGUCAGGUCCUGAGGAUCAGUCCAGUGGAAGAUCCUGGGCAGAUUCUGGGGAUCAAAUUAGUGGAGGGUUCUUAGUUGGAGCUGUGAACCAGGCCAGUGGAGAGUCCCAGGCUGGAGCUGGGGAUCUGAGUGGUGGUGGGGUAAAGCCUAUAUUUGAGAAUCAGGCCAGUGCAGGAAGAUGCUGGGUUGAUGCUGGGGACCAAUCUGGUGGAGAGUCUAGGCUGGGACCCAGGAAUCUGUCCAGUGGAGAUUCCUGGCCUGGCACUGGGGACCAGGCCACUGGGUGGUUCUGUGCUUACACUGGGACUCAUACUAGUGGAGGAGGGUCUUGGGGUGGGUCUGGUGGUCAGGAUGUGGGAGGGUCCAAGCCAGGGCCCAUGAACCAGUCUAGUGGUGGAUCCUGGGCUGGUACUGGGAAUCAGGUUAGUGGAGGGCCCUGGGUUGGGCCUGGGGAUCAGGCUGUUGGCUGUUCUAAACCUGGAUUUGAGGAUCAGGCCAUUGUAGGAGGAUUCUGGCCUGGUGCUGGGGAUCAGGCCAGUGGAGGGUCCAGGUUAAGGCCUGAGGAUCCGUCCAGUAGAGGAGUUUCAUGGAAUGGGACUGGUAGCCAUGUCAUUGGAGCAUCUAGAUUGGGUUCCACAGACCAGUCCAGUGGUGGGUCCUGGACUGCCAUUGGGAGUCAGAUCAGUGGAGGGUCCUGGGUCGGACCUGGGGAUCAGACUGCAGUCUGCCCCAAAUCUGGAUUUGAGGAUCAGACCCAUGGAGGAGCCUCCUGGAUUGGUGCUGGGAACCAUACCAGUGGAGAAACCUGGCCUAGGCCUGGAAAUGAGGCCAGUGGAGGUUCUAGGCUGGGCUCUGAGGACCAGGCCAGUGGAAGAUUCCUGGUCAAUGCUGAGGUGGAGGCCAAUGAAGGAUUCUGGUUUGGGCCUGGGAGUGAGGCCUUUAUAGGGUCUUGGUGCUGGACAGGGGAAGAGGGUACUAUUGUAGCUGUGCCUGUUGGUAAGAAUAAGGUCAGUAUUGAAUCCACAUCAGGGACUGGGGAAGAGACCAUCAUUAGUUCUGGAUUGGGAGAUGAGAACAAGGCCAGUACUGAGUCCUGGAUAAGAUCUGAGGAAGCAGCUUAUAUGGGUACCUGUGAGGGGGCUCAGGCUGGAGCUAAAACUGCAGCUGAGGCUGGAACUGAGUCAGCAGCUGAGGCUGGAACUGAGGCAGCAGCUGAGGCUGGAACUGAGGCCACAGCUGAGGCUGGAGUUGAGGCCAGUGCUGAGACUGGAACUGAGGCCAGAGCUGAGCCUAGAGUUGAGGCCAGAGCUGAGGCUGGAGUUGAGGCCAGAGCUGAGGCUGCGGUUGAGGCCAGUGCUGAGGCCAAUGCUGAGACUGGAACUGAGGCUUCAGCUGAGGCGGGAGCUGAGGCUGUAACCGAGGCCGGAGCUGACACCGGAGCUGAGGCCGGGACUGAGGCCGGGGCUGAGUCCGGAGCUGAGACCGGAGCUGAGGCUGGGGCUGAGGCCGGGGCUGAGGCCGGGGCUGAGGCCGGAGCUGAGGCCGGGGCUGAGGCCAGGGCUGAGGCCGGAGCUGAGGCCGGGGCUGAGGCCGGAGCUAAGGCUGGGGCUGAGGCUGGAGCUGAAGCCAUGAUGGGGUCUUGGUUCUGGAAUGGAAAUGCAGCCACUGAAGGGUCUAGGCUUGUGACUGAGGAAGAUGUUGGCUUAGGGCCUUGGACUUUGGAUAGGGAUACAGAUGAGGAUGAGUUAAGUAGAGCAUCCAGCCCUGAUAUUGAGGAGAUCAGUUUAAGGUCCUUGUUUUGGGCUGAAAGUGAAAACAGUAGUGAGCUCAGAUCAAAGAGUGAAAAUGAUGUCAAUUUUGAGUCUGGGACUGGGGACAGCAUUAAAGAUAAAUUUGAGGCUGAUGAUGGAGUUGAUAUAAGGUCUUGGUUCUGUACUGGUAAUGAAAACAGUAGUGAAGACAAAUCUACACCUAAGGCUAAAGCCAAAAAGUCAGCUGAAUCAAGAGGCACAUAUCCAUCCAUGGUUCCUGGGGCAGGAAUGGGGCCGUGGGAUGGAGCCAUGGUCUGUUCAGAAGCAAAGUUUCUACACCAAAAUAAUGGCAGCUUUCCAGUUGAAGAUGACUUCAGAAAGCAGGUCAGGUCUGGGGAGAAAAUCCGGCCCUGGUCCUGCCGCUGUAAACGCGAAGCUAAUGUGGAUCCACAAGAUCUUGAAAAACUCAUUUGCAUGAUUGAGAUGACUGAAGAUCCUUCUGUUCAUGAAAUAGCUAAUAAUGCUCUGUAUAACAGUGCUGAUUAUCCUUAUUCACAUGAAGUUGUUCGUAACGUAGGUGGAAUCUCAGUUAUUGAAGGCUUGUUGAAUAAUCCCUACCCCAGUGUUAGGCAGAAGGCUUUAAAUGCACUGAAUAACAUCUCAGUGGCUGCUGAAAACCAUAGAAAGGUUAAAACAUACUUAAAUCAAGUAUGUGAAGAUACUGUCACCUAUCCCUUGAAUUCAAAUGUGCAGCUGGCUGGAUUAAGAUUGAUAAGGCACCUCACUAUUACUAGUGAAUAUCAGCAUAUGGUUACAAAUUAUAUUUCAGAAUUUCUUCGUUUGUUAACUGUGGGAAGUGGAGAAACUAAAGACCAUGUUUUGGGAAUGCUUGUGAAUUUCUCUAAAAAUCCAUCUAUGACAAAAGACUUGCUUAUUGCCAAUGCUCCAACAACACUGAUUAACAUUUUUAGCAAGAAAGAGACAAAAGAGAAUAUUCUUAAUGCUCUUUCACUGUUUGAAAAUAUAAAUUACCAUUUUAAAAGACGAGCAAAAGCAUUUACGCAGGACAAGUUCAGUAAAAAUUCUCUUUAUUUUCUAUUCCAACGACCUAAAGCCUGUGCCAAGAAACUUCGAGCCUUAGCAGCAGAAUGCAGUGACCCGGAAGUGAAAGAAAGAGUUGAGGUAUUAAUAAGUAAACUCUGAUUGGCUGUAUAUUCCCAAACAAAUUUGAUUAACAUUUUGUUUUUGUAGCCUGGAAGUGAUGCACUUUGUAAAUUGCAUUAUAAAACUGAUGUUACCUAUGGUGGUCUAUAGCUGGAUCAUUUUAUGAACACCAAAUGAAUUCAAACUUGUACUGGAAAUACAUGUGUCAAUUUUUAUCUUGUCUGGAUUGAGAUAUUUUUAGUAUGCUUCAUGAGCAGAAACUGAACUGAUUCUUCAUAAGUAAGGUAAUCUUUGGUCCUUUGUGUGGACUUCUGUUUAUACAUUUAAGACUUUAUUUUUAUGUCAUCAAUAAAGUUGUGUGUUUUAAGCAGCAAAAAA